CGGCCGCGCGGCACUGCCUCAGUGGCGUGUGAAGCGGGGACUCCCCGAGAGCGAAGCGUGGAGACCCCGGGGACGCGGCGGGGGAGAGAGCCAGGGGGCUCAGGUGUGGGGUCCCGGGCGCUUCCUCGGAUUAAUAUUAAAAUCGGAAGUUUGUAUCUUUUGCUGGAUAUUGGAGAUUUAAUGUAAUGGCAACAGAAUUUAUAAAGAGUUGCUGCAGAGGAUGUUUCUACGGUGGAACAGAAAAACAUGACUUAUCUGUGGAAAGAGACUUUAAAGUGGCAGUAUCACAUAGUCAAAAUACUACUAUCUCUAUACCCCCAUUGACUUCUGUUUCUGUAAAGCCUCAGGUUGGCUGUACUGAGGAUUAUUUACUUUCCAAGUUACCAUCUGAUGGCAAAGAAGUACCAUUUGUGGUGCCCAGGUUUAAGUUAUCUUAUAUUCAGCCCAGGACGCAAGGAACUCCUUCACAGUUGGAAGAACUAGAAGGAUCUGCCAGAGCAUCAUUUGGAGAUAGAAAGGCAGAACUUUCUAGUUCAGCCCAGCAGGGACCCAGCUAUGAUGUAUAUAACCCAUUCUAUAAGUACCAGCACGUGUCACCUGAUUUGAGUCGGCGCUUUCCUCCUCGUUCUGAAGCAACAAGAUUAUAUGGAUCAGUUUGUGACUUAAGGACCAACAGACUUCCCAGUUCCCCUGGGCUAAGCAAGUCUAUGUUUGAUCUUACAAGUUCAUCUCAGCGGUUCAUUCAGAGACAUGAUUCAUUGUCCAGUGUGCCUAGUAGUUCUUCUUCGAGGAAAAAUUCUCAGGGGAGUAACAGAAGCCUGGACACAAUUACUCUAUCAGGAGAUGAAAGAGACUGGGGGAGAUUAAAUGUGAAAGUGUUUUAUAAUUCUUCGGUAGAGCAGAUCUGGAUCACAGUUUUACAGUGCAGAGAUUUAAGUUGGCCCUCUAGGUAUGGAGAUACUCCUACUAUUUCUGUAAAAGGAAUACUAACAUUGCCCAAACCAGUGCAUUUCAAAUCUUCAGUCAAGGAAGGCUCUAAUAAUAUUGAAUUUAUGGAAACUUUUGUAUUUUCUAUUAAAUUCCAAAGUCUACAAACUGUGAGACUUGUAUUUAAGAUUCAAACCCAAACUCCCAGGAAGAAAACCAUUGGAGAAUGCUCAUUGUCACUCAGAACUCUUAGCACACAGGAAAUGGAUUACUCUUUGGACAUAUCACCACCUUCAAAAAUUUCUGUUUGCCACGCAGAACUUGAACUAGGGACUUGUUUUCAAGCAGUGAAUAGCAGAAUUCAGUUACAAAUUCUUGAGGCACAGUACCUUCCAAGUUCAUCAACACCCCUAACUUUGAGUUUUUUUGUGAAAGUGGCAAUGUUUAGCUCGGGAGAGUUGAUUUAUAAAAAGAAGACACGCUUAUUGAAGGCCUCCAAUGGAAGAGUAAAGUGGGGAGAGACUAUGAUUUUUCCACUUAUACAGAGUGAAAAAGAAAUUAUUUUUCUCAUUAAGCUUUAUAGUCGAAGCUCUGUAGGAAGAAGACACUUUGUGGGACAGAUUUGGAUAAGUGAAGACAGUAAUAACACUGAAGCAGUGAGCCAGUGGAAAGAGACAGUUGCACAUCCAGAAAAGGUUGUUAUUAAGUGGCACAAAUUAAAUCCAUCUUGAAGAUGCCGCACAUUAAUUUGGUGACAAAGUUGACAUUCUUUUCAAGGACUUAUGAUUUUAAUUUGCUACCAAUUUAAAGAGACAAAUCAGUACAUUUAUUUAUGGAGGCCUUAUUAUAGUAAUAUAAUGGAUCUAAUAGAAAAUUAAACUUGGUAAAAAAUGGGAUAAAUUAUAUCAGAUACCCAAAGUAAAGGAAAUGUUUUAGACAGUAGGGCAACUAAAUAAAUUAUAAAGUCAGUAGGAAUAUCAGUCAUAGAUAGUUAACUGCUGUAUAAUGGUUAUGAGUAUUUUAAAGCUUUACAUAGAUAUUAAAAAUCCAGUAUAUCAAGUCUCUGUUAGUACAAGUGGACAUAUAGAAGACUGCCACUGUUUCAGUGCUAGUCAUUAUUGAUUAUAUCUUAACUCUACUGUUAUAACUCCUGGCUACAUAUUUUCCCUCAGAAAGCAAAAAUGAAUUGAACCACUUCAACUCUUCUUAUUUGGGGAAAGUUUGUGGCCUAUGUUUAUUAUUAUUUACCCAUAAGUUGUCACAUUGCCACUUUAUAAGCUAUUUAUCUCUAAGAAAUCUCAGACAUAGAAAACUGCAUUUUGGCAAGAAUAGAAUAAAUGAAAACACCAGAAGGUUGAAGUUUAAUUGGAAAUUCAGUGUACACACAUUUUUCUGUAAGGUUAUCAUAUAUAGCCCAUCCUAAUUAACAGGAUUAAUUGACCUUAAAUAACAAAUUCAAUAUUUUAUGAUAAUCACUUGUUUUUAGUUUUUUAAAUAUAAAUUACUUGUUCUAUAAUCCACAACAGUAGAAUAUUUUCCUAUGAUUUAAAACUGACCAUACAUGAUAACAUUAUGUAGCAAAUACAUAUUUUCUGUUAUAGUUUUUCUCAGGUACUCACUACAACUCAAUAUGUAGGGAUAAUUUCAGUUUAGUUGGUCAGACAAGCUGUGAUCAGAAAAACACAGUCAUUUGGAGAAAUCAGUAACACCAUUCCUGAUCUUGGAAAAUAUGACUUUAUUUUUGCUAAUCUAAGUAAUUAAUUAAUUAGAUUAAUUUUGAUUAAUUAGAUUAAUUUGAUUAAUUAAUUUAGAUUAAUUUUGUCUAAGUGAUUCAUCUUCCAUUUUUUUCUCUCUUACCUUGUCCCACACAUGCCAACAGAUAAAUAGUGAUAUAUUAAGUUAGAGGUAUACUUUGCUGUAACUUAAGCAUGCCCUUUUUUUUUUCUGAUUCUUGUUCUGUGUAUCUCAUUCAGUUCAGUUCAGUUCAGAUCAGUCGCUCAGUCAUGUUCAACUCUUUGUGACCCCUUGGACUGCAGCACGCCAGGCCUCCCUGUCCAUCACCAACUUCUGGAGUUUACCCAAACUCAUGUCCAUUGAGUCAGUAAUGCCAUGCAACCAUCUCAUCCUCUGUCGUCCCCUUCUCCUUCUGCCUUCAAUCUUUCCCAGCAUCAAUUAAGAUUUCCCCAAUAAACACUAAUUCCCCUUUUCCUGAGUACCACCUCCUCAAGCUACCAAACAUGCAUAGUUGACACACCCUUUGCUUCUGCUUCUAGAGUUAUGGUAUACUGGAGGUGUUGACAGGUACUCUCUGACACUCUGCAUUUUGAAAUUUUUUUUUUUAGAUUUGUGAAAAAUGGCAUAUUGGUGAGUACUCAUGGACUUUCAAGAGAAAUCACCUUGAGUGGAGGUGUUUUGAGUCUUUGAGACAGAUGGCAGUCAUUUAAAACAAUUUAAAAAAAUAGAGUUUAUUUUUUAGAGCAGUUUUAAAUUCACAGCAAAAUUGAGAGGAAGGUACAGAGAGUUCUCAUAUACCCUCUACCCCUACAUUUACAUAGCUUUCCUUGCUAUCAACACCUUGCACUGUAGUGGUAUAGUUGUUAAAAUAACUGAACCUUCAUUGACAUAUCAUCACCCAAAGUCCAUAGUUUAUAUUAGGGUUCACUCUUUAUGUUGUACAUUCUAUGAGUUUGACAAAUACACAAAUGACAUGUAUCCACCACUCUAAUUUCACACCGAAUGGUGUCACUGCCCUAAAAAUUCUCUGCAAAUACAACCAUUUGAAUAGUUAAGAAAGAAGUAAAUAUAUCAUUGUCUUUUAGAUAAGUAACAGACUUUAUUGUUUUUAAAAAAUCUAGAAUUUUAUUUUAGCAAUUUUUUUGUGUUCUAGUAAUGCUUUCAAUUCCUAAAUCUAUUACAAGUAGUCAUGUAUUUAAUGAAACUUCUAAUUAUUUUAUUUAAUUUUCAAUAUUUUAAAUAUGUGUGUAGUGUAUAAUUUGAAGGAAAGAUACAACUUCUUGGUUUCUUGUGUGUCUUAGAAUCCUAGGUAAAUAAAAAAAUUAAAAGAAAAUCUUUUUAUUUUAAGGACUUCAGUUAGAGAAGUGUUUGACGCAACUAAGAUCCCAAAUAUUUUAAUUAGUGUUUACUUAAGCCUUUUUCAAAUAAAGUAGUACUGAAUAGGAGAUGUUCUUACUGUUUCCUUGAAGCUUUACCUGGAAAUAGAAAAAGAAACACACUGUUGUAUUAAUAGCUACUCAUGAGAAAAAACAUUAGAAACUGGUAAUAAAAAAAUACUAUGCAAAAAAUCA